GAUGUUUCACUAUCGCUCGAUGAUGCUGCGUCAAUGUUUUCAUUAAAAUGUUUGUUAAAAAUAAGUGUAUUGACACGCAGUUAUGUGAUAAGUUUAGGCUUAGACAGUGUCCAUGUCUCCGUCACGCCGGACCGGGUCAGGAGAGGACUUCACACCGGGCUUCGGAUAAAUGAGGAGGAGGAGGAGAAGAAGAAGAGGAGCAGAGCCGAGAGAAAGGUGUGUGAGUCAGUACUGGAGCAUUUUAACAACCAGUACACACACGAACUGGGACAAGUCUGGCUUUCUGCAAGGGAAGUCCUGCUGAAUCCUCACUGUUGGCAGUAUGGCGUCCUACUGAAUCGCUUCAGUGAUCACCUGGAUGUCAGGGCUGUAUUAAAAUCCCGUGGCUAUUACAGCCUUCUCUCUCAACCCGAUCCUCCUAACACGUGGCCUCUCCAGUGUCUCGUCCAUAAAGAUGCAGUGCGUCUGCCCACUCAAAGACACAGAGAGGGCUGGCUGAAGCAGUACUACCUGCUGAAUGCCGCGUCCCUGCUGCCCGUGCUCGCUCUGGACGUGAAGGACGGAGAGAGAGUGCUGGAUCUGUGCUCCGCUCCGGGAGGGAAAGCCCUCGCUGUACUGCAAACAGCAAACCCAGGGCUGCUGCAUUGUAACGAAGUGGACAAGAGCAGGUACGCAUGGCUGGUGAAGACUCUGGAGUCGUAUGUACCUCAUGCACUCAGAGACACCCUCACCGUGACCAACGAGGACGGCAGGGACAUCGGGAUAACAAAGCUUAAGAUGUUCGACAAGGUGCUAGUAGAUGCCCCAUGCUCCAACGACCGCAGUUGGCUGUUUAGCCCCGGAGCCCAGCAGGGGGAGCUGCGGCUGAGAGAGCGCGCUAAACUACCUCAGCUACAAAAGGAGCUCAUCUGUUCAGCCUUGUCAGCGGUGCGUCCCGGAGGGAUUGUAGUUUACUCCACCUGCACCCUUUCCAGCGCUGAGAACCAGUCAGUCAUGGAGGCGGUACUUUCCACCGUCCACGGGGUGGAGCUUGCAGAACUGGAGGAAGAACUGAUUGUCUCUCUCUCUGGUCAUUUUAAAUUCGCCCACCUCCGACCUCCGCUGGGUUGUUUGGUGGUGCCGGAACAGGGACGAACUUGGGGACCAAUGUAUGUGUGCAGAUUGAGGAGGACCUGCUGAACAGCUACUCACUCAUAGCACCACAUGAUUGUUUAAAUCCGAUCGAUCAGAAGGUGUGGACUAAUAUCGUAUAACAACAGCUCUGGCAGCGGUACCGGCAGUAACCGUUAAGGAGAUGCUUGUUUAACAUUUACGGAGAGUUUCGAUGUGAGCCUCGGCGCUUUGUAACAGUCAGAGGUAAAAGCCUGAACACUAGUCCCUGUUGUUCUACAACAAUAAAUGUCACUAUAAAUGGAUCAGAAGAAGUACGAUGUGACCUUCAUUAAAAAUAAAACACUGUAAUCAUCAGCAGAUUGCUGUGAUGAAGGAGAAAUAAAACACUCCAACACGUC